AUGCCGGGACUUAGCAGGCCUCCGCGCGCGGGCCUCAUGGGCACCGUGCUGAGCUUCAGCCCGCGCGAGCGGCGCCCGCCCGCCGGUGCGCCGCCCGACCGCGCCGCCCUCGCCUACUCCUACGAGCGUCUCAACAACGCCAAGAACCGCGAGAACCGCGACGCGCCGCGCGACGAGCGCCGCGCCACGCUCGACGACGCCGCCAAGAUCAUCUCCGAGAAGACGGCGCUCGAGAAGAACCUAAAGAAACACUCGCUGUUCAUAAACGCACUGUCGUGGAAGAGGUUCUCGACCGCCAACAACAACAAGAAGAAGCUGGAAUGCAAGAGCAAGAGUGUGACGACUUUCCGGGCGCCACUGACGGACAACGCGCCGCUCGACCGGAACAAGAAUGUGAGCGUGGGGGCGCCGGGCGGCGGGGCGUUGGGUGCACUGCGGCCGGCGCCAGCUCCUGCGCCGCCCGAGCCGCUGCGAGCCAGCGCGCUCAACAACAACGUUUGCGAGAAGCCUCCGCCGGCGCGCAAGACGGUCAUCCAGGCGUCCACCUCGGAACUGCUCAAGUGCCUGGGGCUGUUCCUGCACGCGCGCUGCCACCGUCUUCGCGACUUCCAAGCAGGCGACGCGGUCAUGUGGCUGCGCACUGUAGAUCGGUCGCUGCUGCUGCAGGGCUGGCAGGACGUGGCGUUCAUAAACCCUGCCAACGUAGUCUUCGUGUACAUGCUGGUACGCGAACUGGUGGAUGGCGAGCGGAUAGCGCGCCCGCAGGAGCUGCAAGCCGUCGUGCUCACCUGCCUCUACCUCUCCUACUCCUACAUGGGCAACGAGAUCUCCUACCCCCUCAAGCCCUUCCUCGUUGAAGACUCCAAGGACAAGUUCUGGGAUCGCUGCCUGCUCAUUGUCGACAGGCUAUCCUUUAACAUGCUCCGGAUUAACUCGGAGCCCGGUUUCUUUACCGAGGUGUUCACGGAGCUGAAGGCGUGUGGCGCAGUCGAGAGCACCCCGCCCGCGCCGCCGCACCCAGCGCCGCCGCCGCCGCACGCCCUGCAGGCCGCCUGACAUACAGAGGUGGCCGUGCUGCGGCUGGCCCUCACCGACCGCCCCAGCCGCGUCUGAUGCCGGCUUCUGACUGGUGACGGCCUUGGUCAA